CUAAAGCGAUAGAGUUCCUGGAACGAAGCAAAACAAACACUACUGACAGCUGUAGCUUGCAAGCUAAGGGCAGCUAUACUGUUGACAGAUAGUUGUUGAUUUACUGCUACAGCUUGUUAUUGCUUGUCUAUAUCCGGGAUGGGCUAGUGGACCUAUUUGCUUUGUGUUAGGCUGUCACAGUUAAGUACCAAGAGGGGAAAGCUGCCAUGUUAACACAAGCACAGAGAUGGCUGAAGCUGUGAGACCAAAGAAAGCGAAGUCAAAGUCCUCUGGAAAAUCCCAGGACAAGAAGCAUAAACACACUGAAAGUAUAAGAAACGUGCCUGGACAUGCUGGUUUAUGUGACAAGGCAUCAGCCCCGGAGUGCUCAGCACUGCCCAGUGAGGACUUCACAGACAUCCCUCUCAGUCUGCCCCCAGAGGUCUCUCCUCCAGAGCCACUGGACCUGCCGCAGGCCCCCAGUACAGCACUGACCGAAGGGGAACGUGAAGCGGACCAACAAAGAGGAACUUUAAGCCCCAAGACAGCUGAGUCACUCCUCAUCAGUGAAAACACAGAGAAUGAGCAAUCCAAGCACAACGAUGUGUCAGAGCUGCAGGACAUCAAAGAGGACCAACUGCUCGCACAAACAGAGCACAGACACUACAGUCGGACUUUGCUGGACUCAGCUCCCCAGAUCUCCGGUGUGCCAGCUUUGUAUCCCACCCUCCCAUGUCCCUCUGUGGACGCGGCGCUACUGUCAGUUCAGCCGUCUGAAGGCUGCUCGCUGGUGGUGGAUGCCUCCCUGCAGCCCGUCGCCACCAUCAUGAGCAGCCCUCAGCUGAGGGACCCCGCUGUGCUCCCCCUGGUCGAGCAGGAGUCCUCCCCUCCCAGCCUGGUCCCGUUGGAGGUGGUCGAGGCAGAGAAGCCCCCGCGACAGAGGCUGUACCCGGAGCUGCCCAGGCCACCCUCCAGCACUCUGGUCCAGGCCUUCACCAGCGAGCAGCUGCGGCUGUGGGAGCCGGGCUCCUGGCUGGAGAACGUGGAGCUCCACGCCACCGAGUUCCAGGGCCUGGCGCACCAGGAGGGCCACGAGUUGCAGGAGCUGCUGCUCAACUACUGCCGCUGCCGCAAGCAGCUGACGCAGGCGCAGACAGAGCUGCAGGCAGCCAACUCCGACAGCAAGAGCACGCAGAACCGGCUGUGGAGCUUCAAGGACGAGCAGCUCACCCUGCAGGGUGUGUGUGCUGACCAGGCCAAAGUGUGUGGCUACCACCGCUACCAGACGGUGGUGCUGAGUGAGGCGGUGGUGGCGGAGCUCAAGCACCUGUUCGAGGCCAAGUCGGAGCUGCUGCACCAGACCGUGGCCCUGCACUCCUACACCACCGUGCUGUCACGCCUGCAGGUGGAGUCCUACCUGUACCGGCUGCUCGGCAACAACCCCCUCACCCGGGGUGUGGCCCUGCAGGAGACAAGCUCAGCUUGUCCCGGUGGGAAAUCAUCACAGCCCUCCUCCCUGAGAGUGCUGAAGGAGAGCAUCAGUGUGCUGUUCAGCUUCACUCGCAGGGUGCUCGACGACUCCCAGUUUCAGGCAGACAUACACCUCUGGCUGCAGAAGCUGGUGUCGGUCCUGCACAAGGUGGCCUCAGCUGGAGAGCACCUCUAUCUCCUCAACCACCUGCUCUGCUGUCCUGCUGGAGUUGGGAAGUGGGCAGUGCCCUUCCUACAGAUUACGGUGCUGGAAAACCCCUCUGGGGUGUAUCACUUCAUGCAGGCUCUAGCUAUACUGAUGUCUCCAGUCAGGAACCGAGCAGACUUUCUGUGUCACAUGAAGCCGUGUGAGACCAAGUCCCCCCUGUCCAGCCACUCUGACCCGGCGUCUGGAAACUGGACCUUGGUGGAUGAGGGUGGAGAGGAGGAUGAAGACCCAGACACAAGCUGGCUGCUGCUGUCUGAGGAUGACCUCAUCGCCCUCUUCUCUCAGUUUCCUUUCGAUGAGCUCUUCAAACAUUUGCUGGGCAUGUCCUCAGAAGGCAACUACCUACCCCAGGCCACGACCAGUCAGAAGAUGAUGAAGAUAUUCGCCUUUGCCUCCUCUCUGGUCGAGCUUCUUGCUGUGGGCCUGCAGACCUACAACAGGGCUCGCUACCGGCAGUUUGUGAAGCGCAUCGGCCACAUGAUCAGGAUGACCUUGUGCUAUGUGAGCGAUCACUGGGCCCAGUACAUCAGCCUGACGGGGGUGGGCCGGACCACCGUGCAGGAGCAGUCCUUCUCCAUGGAGAAGCUGCAGGUGGAGUUUGACCACCUCUUCCUCCGCGCCGUCCUACACGUCCUCAAAGCCAAGAGGUUGGGGAUCUGGCUCUUCAUGUCGGAGAUGCCUUACGGCACGCUGUCCAGCGUCAUGCUGUGGAAGAUCUUCUACAUCAUGCACUGUGCUGAGACCGAGGGGCUGGACAGGCUAAGCUCAGCUCUGGAAGUAGACCUCUGCAUCCAGGGCCUGAGAGAGCCCAGCCACCAGGAGAAGUUUGAGCGCUGGCUGUCUGAGAUAAACAGCUCAGAUGGGAUCUGCCUGCUCACCACGUUUGCACACAUGGCCCAGCCCAAGCGGACAGACGCCGACCCCGAGUUUGUCAAGACCAUUGUGCUGGAGAUUUACGAGGUGGCCUACGUGAGUGUUGCCACGAGGGAGACCUUCUCUAAGGUGGGCAGAGAGCUGCUGGCGGCCAUAGCAGCUGCCCAUCCCCAUGUCAUCUCAGUGCUUCUGAAACGCCUGCAGGAGACCAUCGAUAAAGUGGGCAUGGUGUCCUUGUACCUGUUUAAGGAGCUCCCGUUGUACCUGUGGAAGCCUGUGACCAGUGAGGUGGGGGUGAUCCGCGGCUGGCUGCUGGACUUUGGCCUCCCUGCCGUGGAGAACAAGCUGGCCUGCAUCAUCCUGGAGGGACUCAACUGGGGCUACCACCCUAAUGGUUGUCUAGCCUUGCCAGAUGCCCUGCACUCAGAGGUGGCUCUGCUAGCAGUGGAAGCCUAUCAGAAAUACCUCACAGACAAACCUUAUGGGGGCAUCAUCUCAGAAAGCAUCAAACAGGUGUCCUAUCUGGCUAACGUGGUGAGGUUGGGCCAGACCCCAGAGGCGUCCUUCAACCAAUGGGCCUGGGACCUGGUGCUGCGCCUGAAGCUCCACGACAACGAGCGGCGUCUGAAGAACGCCUGGAACCCUGUGCCCUCCAGCGCCCCGCUGGUGCCCGACGUCACGGACAUCCCCACCAUGCACCCUGUGCUCAAGGCCGUCAAAGCAGGCAUUCCCAUUGGCUGCUUUCUGGCCAUCGCAAUGACCACCACUGGACACAGUUUGGAGAAGUUUUGCAGUGAGGGUAUUGCUUUGCUGAAGAUCCUGGUCCAAUCCCGCCACCUCAAAGCCGUGGUGCACGUUCUGGAUAAUCUCCUACCUCUGGUCUACCCGUGCCAGUUCUACUUGCUCAAGAACGAACAAUUCCUAGGCUGCAUCCAGAUGUUUCUACAGCUGGAUAGCGGGACCCCCCAGGGAGUGACCCAGCAGGUCACACACAAGGUGACCCAGCACCUUAUCGGAACCUCCCACAGCGAGAACAUCAAACUCCUCAACAGUGUCAUUCAGGCCCAUAUCCUGGAGAGUUCUAGAGCUGGCCGCGUGGGAGCGGCGGCAGUUCUGGAGUUCUGGGUGCAGGUUCUAACAGAGCAGAAUUCCUGGCACCGGGACAAGACGGUGCUGUACCUGCUGGAUCACCUUAGCCGUGCCGCUUUCCUGCACCAGCACGAGGAGUGCCUUCAGAAGAUCCUCUACCAGCAGCAUAAGAAUGCCUUAGGUUACCAUGGAGACAAGGGCCUUCUGUCUUCGCUGAUGGGCUGGAUAGUGGCUGGAAAUGUGACCCCCUCCUUUGUUGAAGGCUACGCCAUGACUGAAGAGGUGUGGUUUGCCUGGCUGGUGUUGAACAUGGAGUCCAUCUUCGAGGAGGACUCCCAGCUGCGGCGCUGUGUGGAACACGAGCUUCUGUCUAGCCCGGCCAGCCAUCCCGAUCAAGCCCUCAAGAAAGCUCAGGUGCGUUUGAAGCUGCACGUGGUGCCCUCCCUGCAGAGGAUGAUGGUCUACCGCUGGGCACAGCAGGCUCUGGCCACACCCGCUGACCACCCACUCCUGCCGCUGGUCUGGCAGAAGUUCCUGCAGCUCUACCUGCGCCAGCCUGGCCCAGAGUUCGGACUGGAGGCCAAGGGCUGCAUUGGGAAGCGCUACUUCCACGCCUCGGCCCACGCGCCCCUGCUGAAGGACCUGAGGCAGCGGCUGGUGGAGGUGUCCGACUUCCACCACGCCGCCAGCAAGGCCCUGAAGGUGCCGCGCUCCCCCAGCGAGGGCCCGGGAGACGGGGAGUCCCGGCCUGCCACCCCCAUCACCCAGUACAUGACCUCCCCUGAGCUGCACAUCGAACUCGUCAGGCUCUUUGGUGUCUUUGCCGUGUGGUUGGACGAUGAGAACCUGCAGAAGCAGGAGGUUUACCUGCCCUCUCUGCCAAAGCAGUACGAUGCGCACAAGCUGGCCAAGAUCAUGCAGAGGCAGCAGGAGGUGUGGAUGGAGUAUGUGGACAUUGAGCGUGUGCAGCACGAGCUGAAUGAGGUGCUGGACCUGUGGCAGAAGGUCAAGAACGAGCCGUCCUACCUGCACGUCACCAGCAACUCCAUCUUCACCGACUUCAUCAACCCACACGCCGCAAAGGAGCGCAUCCUGACCAACCUGAGGAAGCACGAUGCCCCGCAGGGAGCCCUGCUGCUGGUGCCCAUGAGAGCCCCGGUGCCCGACGUCCCGACCGCGUGUCUGUCUGAGGAGGCCGCCUCGUCCGCUCUCCUCCACAAGGAGCUCACCAAGCUCCAGCACCAGGCCAGACUUGCAGCGAUGCGGGAGACCCAGCAGGUGGCGCUGGACAGCGAGCUGCUGGAGCUGCUCCCUCAGCUCUACUGCAACCGCGAGGAGCAGCUCAGCAUGCAGCUGGAGUGCAAGGGCAAAGGGGGCCAGGCCUGCCAGGGCGCCGCCCACAUCAACGCAAAGUAUGAGGGCAUGCACCUGCAGGAGCCUGUCCAGACGCAGAUCCAGUCCCUGAAGAGCGACAUCAAGCAGCUGCAGACAGACGCCAUCAAGCCCCCGCCCCAGAGCGUAGCCGAGGCCGCCGUCCACACAGAGAACUUCAUCACUGCCCUGGUCAACGCCUUCAAGCUGCACCCAUCUCCGGCUGUGCAGAAGGUGGGCAUCACAGCCUUCUAUCAGGUGGUGUCGUUUGUGUGUGAGGACACCCUGCGCCAUCCUCCCACACGCCAGUUCUUCUCCUCCUGUGUUGAGAUCCUGGGUCAGGUGUUUAUCCAGGGUGUUCAGACAGAGUGCAGGCACAUCUUGAAGACCAUCCUGCAGAACCGCCGCCUCUGCAACCUCCUCUCCCCGUACUUCACGCCCAACGCCUCGCCGGCCGAGCUGGUGGCCCUCUACGAGGAGGUGGUCACAGCCCUGCACGCCGACAGCGGAGAUGUCAUCUUCAUGCUCCUCACCAAGUUUGACCUGAGCCAGUGGCUGGCGGGGUCCCAGCCAGCCUUCCCCGAGCGCAGCCGCCUGAUGGAGCUCAUCCAUUUGGCCCUGGGUGCGUGCGGCCUCCAGCCCGAGCCAGAGGUGCUCUUGCCUUUCAACCUCUUCUGCAAGCACUGGACACGCAUGCUGUGCCACCAGUUCCCCGACCACUACAGCGACUUUCUCCGCCUACUCAUGCAGAGUUCGUCUGAGCAGUUGCUGAGCCCAGAGUGUUGGAGGUCUUCCCUCCGAGUGCUCGGCUGUUCCCCGCCACCAACCAGGAAGAAGGUGGCCAGAGCCCCCAGCUCCUCCUCCUCCUCUUCCUCCUCAUCCCCCAAAGCUGGCUCUGGGUCUGCAUCUAUCUACCUCUCCCCACAACAGGUGGACGAAACAAUCGAGUGGCUGUCCAACUACUUCCUGAAGCUGCGUCUCUCUAAGGGGGACUUCCGCAGCUUCGGGCUGCUCUGCAAGUGGGCACCCUACAUUGAGGAGGUCAAGGCCUUCCUUGGGUACCUGGUCAACUACGUCAUCAGUCUGGAAGUGAACAACUGUGCCAAGGAGCCACUGGGGAGCACAAGACUACUCAAAGCUCUCCAAGAUCUGCAGUCUAAAAUGGCCAAACUCUUCAAGCCAUGGAUUCUGGUUCUAGACACUGAUGAUGCCAGUAAUCCCCGCUGCUACCCCUGGCUGGAGUCAGACACUGCGAUUGCCACUGGCCUUGUCUCCCUUUACGCCCAGCUAACCGACACCCUACAUGAGAAAUUCAAAGAUCGUUUGCUGCCGGGACAGAGGGGCGCCCUCUGGCUUCACCUCAUGCACUACUGUGAAAGCUGCACGUCCCCUAAGAUGCCCGAGUACCUUCUCUACGCCUACCACAGCGAGUACAACCUCUUACUGUGGAAAGACCUGCACCCAGACCAGGCUCUCAUGAGCCAGUUCUUUAACGUGGAGCGGGGCAGUCCUAAGAGCUGUUUCCUGUUCCUGGGGGGCGUGCUGUGUCAGGUGAACUGGGUGAGCGUGCUCAGUGAGGCCCUGGGCCCUCAGCCUGGCCCCGGGGCCCAGACCAUGGUGGUCUACUUGCUCUACAUGAUGGUGUUCCUGGCCAAGGAGGACCACCUGCUCAGCAAGCCCGAGUCGCCCCUGCUGAGUCUGCUGGGACAGUCCAGCUCUGUGCCCUGGCAUUUGGUGGACUCCUCCGCCUACGAGAACGUCACUGGCUAUGUCAACACCCACUACCCCUCCUCCCUCAUCCUCAGCCACGACACGUCCUCCCAGCUCGUCGUCAAACUCCUCAAAAUGGCCGCCGGCUUCGGGCCAGGUCUGGAGGGCAAACUGCACCAUGACAUGACACUGAAGUGCCAGGCCUUCCUCCGCCUCAUGGUCCAGUUCCUGACUGUCCUGGACCAGAACGGGAACAUCAGUCUGGCCUCCCUGGAGGUGGAGAUGGAGAAACUGUUGGAGUGCAUUGUGGUCUUCAACCCGCCAGAGACAGACCUGCAGCAGAGACACAUGGCCACCUGCAGCCUGUUCGCCGAGCUCCUGAGCCUCCUCAACGGUGCCGGCGUGUCCACGGCUGAGGGGCUCGGCGCCAAGCUGCACAGCUGGGUGGAGAAGAGGGCCCGCGGGCCGCUGGUGCUGCCCCUGCUGACCGCCGCCUGCCGUUGCCUGGCCUCCGUCCGCCACAUGGCCCGCGCCACCGAGGCCUGCAUCCUCUCCUACUUCGCCGACGGUGCUGAUCAGUACUUUGGCUGGGGUCCUAUUUUGGUGUCCUUGCAAGUGCCCGAGCUGACUGUGGAUGACUUCAUCCAGGAGAGCCUGUCCCUGGGGAGCUUCCUAACCCUCUACGUCUACGUCCAGCAACGGCUCAACCUGGACCAGACCGUGGUGAACGAGAAGAGGACCCUGGCACUCCUGACUACCUGGCUCAACCAAGUCUUCCCCAGUGGUCCGGCAGACGAGGCCAAGCUCUUCCUGUGGUGGCACAAAUUCCUGCAGCUGAUCCAGGGGCAGGUGGAUCUGGGGGACGCGUGCGCGCUCGACUACCUGACCCUCACCCUGCUGGCCUUCCAGGCCCGGCUGGCCCUGCUCGGGGAGGAGAGGAUCAACUCGGGCAUCCUGGGAGCCAUCGGCCUGGGCAGGAAGUCUCCUUUGUCUAGCAGGUUCCGCGUGGUGGCUCGCAGCAUGUCUACCUUCCUCCUGGUGCAGGUUCCCUCAGAGAACCAGCUACGCACCCAGGCGGGCCCUGGACUGCCACUCUCCGCCAAAGCCCAGCAGGCCCUGGCCGUGCUGGAGUCCAUGCCUGGCAACAAGCAGUAUGCUGAGCUCCAGGAGGCCGUGGGCCAGGCCCGCGAGUUCAUCACGCACCCGGGCUACUGUCUGCGCGACGCCAACCGCCUCCUGGCUCUGCUAGUCAACUCCCUCUACACGGACCUGCACUACCUGGACAUCAUCCGUUAGCACACACACUCUCACACACACACACACACACACACACACACACACUCACUCACUCACUCUCUCUCUGUCACAUCUUGUACUCCGUUACUGAUUUUUUUUUCUGCCCCGGCAUCUGAGCAUGCACAGGGCCAGAUUGUAAACUGUUUGCAUGCUUAGCGGGUGCCGUCACAAGCUAUUUUCUUUUCUCUACCUUCAGCCAAUGCGAGAAGACUGAAUCAUCCUGAGAAGUCACGUCGAACACUUUUUUUGGGGGGGCGGGGGGGGGUGUUUUUCUUUUAGUCACAGACGCUCAUCAGAGUAGUGUGUCAUUUGAGAUGAUAAAUACCCUGUAUUUUGCCAAGUUGGGAUGUGUGAAUGUCAGUUCAGUUCUGCUUUUAUUUAUAUUGUUUUUAAAUGUCCAAGGGUAUUGUUUGAUGCGAGUGAUGUCCCGUGUCGAUCUUAAAAUGUGCUUCUGCGCACACA